CAUGGAGUUGUCACAGGAACCCCUGACAUUUCACGAUGUGGCCGUGGACUUCACCUGGGAGGAGUGGCAGCUCCUGGGCCCCGAGCAGAAGGACCUGUACAGGGACGUGAUGUUGGAGACCUACCGCCACCUGGUGUCAGUGGGUUGUGAGGCCAGCAAACCCGAUGCAUUCUCCAAGUUGGAUCACGGAGAAGCACCAUGGACAGUGGCAGAUGAACUCCACUGUGGAACCCGUUCGGAAAUCUGGAAACAUGAUGAUUAUCUGCCGGAACACUUACAAAUUGAAAGCCUAGAACAAUGGUAUCAAUGUAACACCUGUGAAAAUACUGCCCAGGAGAGCACAAACCAUUCUCUGUUACUACAAAAACAUAUGUUUGACGCACAUGGAAAAUAUAUGAAAUCAGAUUUAUCUUUACUUAACCAGAGGAGAAAUUAUGAAAUCAAGAAGCCUACUGAGCUUUCUGAAGAUGGACCGUCCUUUCUCCUUGCCAACAGUGAACAAUUUCAGGCUGAAAUGAAGUUUCACGAAAGCCGAAAACUCAUCAGCACUAAUUCCCAACUCAUCAAACCUCAGAAAAGAGAAAAGACUCACGUAUGCAGUGACUGUGGGAAAGCCUUCAAGAAGAAGUCUUGCCUCACUGAUCAUCAGGUCAUUCAUACACGUGAGAAGCCACAUCAAUGUUGUACUGAGUAUGGGAAAGCUUUCACCAGAAAGUUCACGCUCACUGAACAGCAGAGCAAGCACACAGGAGAGAAACCUUAUAAAUGCUCUGAAUGUGGCAAAGCAUUUCUCAAAAAAUCAUUACUCAGUAUACAUCAGAGAACACACACAGGAGAGAAACCCUUCGUAUGCAGUGAGUGUGGAAAAGGCUUCAUCCGGAAUGGCGACCUCAUUGUACACAGGCGAUUUCACACGGGGGAGAAACCUUAUGUUUGCAACGAAUGUGGAGAAGGCUACUUCCAGAAGGGCGAUCUCAUAGCACAUGAGAGAUUUCACACAGGAAAGACGCCCUUUGUGUGCAGUGAGUGUGGAAAAUUCUGUUCCCGGAAGUCAGGUCUCAUUAAACAUCAAAGAAUUCACACUGGAGAGAAACCUUUUGAAUGCAGUAACUGUGGGAGGGCCUUCACCACAAAGGACACACUCAUUAUUCAUCAAAGAACUCAUACAGGAGAGAGACCGUAUACUUGCAACAAGUGUGGGAAAGCUUUUGCCUACAGGUGUUCUCUUGUGAUACAUGAAAAAGUACACCCAAGAGCAAAACGUGGUGGCCCAGUCAAGGCCAUACGUCCUCGCUCAGAGAGUCCAAACUCAUCACGGACCAGUGUUGUCCUGCAGGAGAUAAACCCUGUUAAAACAGUGACGAUGCAGGUGCCUUCUGUGGUCCCUCAGACAGUACUAAACAUCAGUGGGCCUCUAGCAAACAGGAAUGUAGUCAUCCUAGCCCAGCCUGUGGCCAGAGGUGCGCCCUCCGGAGGAUUUGCACAGGACAGCAACCUUCUGAAUGCAGUGAGUGUGGUCUCACCUUCAGUGACCAAUUACGUGUUACUUUAUGUCACAGGAAACCAAUAG